UUUAAUAUGAGUAUUUAUAAUUUUAUUUGUAAUAUUGACCGACAUGAACUGACACAAACCGAUAUGUGCCACUGGUUGAACCAUUCCACUUGCUGAACCGACACACUCGCAUAAACCGGUUUGACAACCUUGAUUAUGAGGAUUAAUAAUAAUCCCUGGAAUCUUAUAAGUAAUAUUUAGUAUAAACUUCAACUUCAACUGAGUAUGACAAUGAUGUUUGUUUACAUUGGGUCUGAGAUCAAACUGGAGAAAUGAUAAACAACGGUUUUGAAUUGGUGAGAGUACGAUUUGGGUGUAGCGAACCUAUCGACUUGGUCACUGAUACAUGUUCGGUGCACGGAGAAUUGCUUUCGAUAUCCAAAACUUACUUGCUCGUGGCAACCUUCCGGCUGCCCAACGGCCUAUAACGUUAGUACACCAUCGACUUGGUCACUAAUAUGGUCUCACAUCACGAGUUGGGUGUUGUGAACCUGUCGACUUGAUCUUUGAUAUGGACUCCGAUCGAGGGCAUAAAGCCCACGGGUUGUGAAUGGAUUCCUCAUUACAUCCCUUUGAUUUGAAACGGGCUUCAUUUGGGACUGACACUCACUCGUCGCUCUUUGUUGGAAAUUUGGUUGAACUGGACUAACAAAGUCAAACCGGUUUUGGGUUGGACAGACCAACCGGUUUGAGAUUAGACCGACCGAACCAAUAUUCUAAUUCCGUGAAGGGACACAUCCCUUUGGCCUAGUCGCGGUUGCAUUAUUUUAUGGAUAAGGAUAACCUUAUGGAUAAAGGCAACCCUUCAUAUGGAUAAGGAUAACCUUUCAUAUGGAUAGAGGCAACCUUUCGUAUGGAUAAAGGCAACCUUUCGUAUGGAUAAAGGCAACCUUUCAUGAAACAAUGCAUGAAUUCGGCCCCUAUAAAUAUAUGGGUAGGGUGGAUGGUGCCACAUACCAUCAAACAUAUUCUUCUACUUUCUUCCAAAAAUUUCUAAGUAUGCUUUAGUGUUCUUGAGCCUGGAACCUAAAGUGGUGAUAGUUUUAUCCUCGAGAGAAAUUUCCUGUAACCCUAGGCUUGUUGAGGGUGGAAAUAUUCUUUUCGGAAAGUGAACGUUGUUCACGACUCUAUCACAAUCCUGGUCACCCGGUCUCGGGCUAUCGUACGUGUACCCUCGUCCCUUAGAAGUCCCAACAAUCGUAAAGAAUAUUUUUCCGGUACGAUGGCUCGAACCGCUCUUUACAAGAAACCGGUUCUGGUCUAUGGAAUUAUGAGAAUGUUCGAUGAUGAGUUUUUUCAUCGAUGAUAGUAGAAGAUGGGUUUUCUUCAUACUAGUCUCAUGGUGUAUUCCAUAUUCGGAAGGUAACUUGAAAGAGGGAUGAUUCGAAGAUGAGGAAGAAGGAGAAGACUUCGUAAAAUGGAGAAAUAGAAGAAUGACAAUUGCUUUUGUGUAGGUCACAUACUCAAUGGUUAAUUUGUCUAAUUCUCUAUUUGACAUUUUUGAAGUUCUAGAUAAAUUUGGAUUUGUCUAGUGGUUUGGUGGUGUAAUUUUGUCUAGUGGUUUAUGUUAUUUUAAACCAAGGAGACAAAAUUGUAUAUACAAACGUUUGAUGAUUCUGGUAAUAGAGUCGUUGUGUUUGUAUGUAGGUGACAUAUUUAUCUUUGGGACCAAUCAAAGAUAAGUGCUUUUGUCUAGUGGUUUAUGCUAUUUUAAACCAAUGAGACAAAAUGUGUACACAAUUUAUGAUGAUUCUGUUAAUGAAGUCAUCGUACAUUUGUAUGUAUAAGACAUGUUUAUCUUUGGAACCAAUAAAAGAUAAGUGAACUUCGAUAAAAAGUUGUUAUUUCAAUUCUCCAUGUAGGACAUGGGGUAGGCAAAUGUGAUUCUGUGUAUUGAAUCAAGCGAAACGACAAAUAAGAGUCCUUCUCUCAAUUUUUCUGCAUGAGAAGGUACUUGCAUAAAUUCCAUAGUAGGAAUUGUAGUGAGUUAAAGACCCCAAUGGAUCCAAGUAUGGAACUUAUGGUUAAUACUGAAAAUCAGUUUUACAACUGGAGAUUUAUGCAUGACUUACAUGAUGCUAGAUAUCGCAUAUGCGAUAGAACAAUUAAGUUGGUACGUGAUGAAUCCUAGUUCUCAUUAUUUGAAAUGAAAUGAGGCGUGUACUAGGAUAUAUCAAAGGCACACUGUAUUGACUUAUAGUGGCUUUCCAUCAAUUUUGGAAAGGAUUUGUUGAUGUUAGUUGUAUUUCUCAUGUUAAAGGUGAUACUUCAACAUUGAGAUGAGUCAUCUUGCUUGGGAGAGGUGCCAUAUUUUGGGCCUCUAGAAAGCAAACUUGCAUCACUAAGUUUCACUAUGGAAUCAAAGUUUGUGUGACCUUGAUUUCUCUUAGAGAAGAGACAUAAUUGUUGAGAGGUUUGGUUUAUGACAUAUAUUUAUGGCCUAAACCAAUCUCACCUAUUACUAUCUUUUGUGAUAGUAAUGCUAAUUUGGCUAAGGCAUAUAGUCAAGUGAAAAUGAUAAGUACGGUCAUGUGGGAGUAUGGCACGGUAAAAGCUGUGAACUGAUCAUUCAUAGUGUUGUGUCUAAACAGUAUGACCAAACUCGAAUUAAUUUGGUUGAUCAUUUGACAAAGUGGUUAACUAGUGACUUGGUGAUUAAGUCUGUGAAAGGGAUGGAUUAAAGUCCAUAUAAUUUCUGGUAAUGGGACACCCAAUUCCCCUCUAAUACAACGUUAGAGGCUGAAUUCAAUGUGGAAAGCUUAUAUUCAGAAAUUGAAGCACAAAAUUUGUCAUCCCGAGGUAUGUGCUUGUUAUCUGCAUGAGAGAAGAGGAUGAAGUUCAAAACUUUUUAAUUGAAUCUUUGACUAAGUGUAUUAUGUGGGUACACGAAUAAAAGAUUCGACCUACGUAAGCAUGAAGUGUAGCCGCUUCAAGAAACCCAGACUUUGGUUUCGUGUGCGCUUAUGAGAAGGAUUGGACACAUGGCGGAUAAUAGUGUCAAGGCACUUAGAAGUUUUGAAAACUUAAGUGUAUAUUCGUCAAGUGUAAUAUACUAAGGUGAAAAUUCAAUCGUCACGACAUUUUCAUUUAUGCUUAAGUUUUGUUGGAAGAGUGUUGUGAUUUUAGUGAAUUCUAAUAAUACACUAAAAUGGGAGAGGAAUGUUGGAAAUUUGAUCGAAUCGGACUAACCAAAUCAAACCAAUUUUGGAUUGGACCAACAAAUCAAAUCCAGUUUUCUGAAAGAUGUGAUGCGAAGCUUUUUGGAAAGCCAUGUCCACUUAAUUUGAAUAAAUGUAUACGUUGCAUGGCAAUGUUGGAACUUGGUUGUUAGCCUAAAAACAAUGCACGUUUUCAUUGUUCAAAUUUAGUGGCAAGAAACUCAUAUUUAUCCUUGCGGUUUGGAAAUUGGGAUAAAGAAACACAUUGUUUGGCUAAAUAAUAUUUCAUGGACGGUCAUGAACUUUCAUGGCAACGUUUCAUUGAAAUGAAAUUAUGGGUUUGGCCAAAACCUUGGCAUUCACGGUUUUCUCCCAACCGCCACAAAAUUGAAAGGUUGCAGCUUUUCAAUGGUAACCCUUCGUAUCCUAUAAAUAUAUGUGGUGGGAAUGUGGAAAAAACACACCAAAAAAAUUCAUUUUCCUUCAUAUUAAACUUCUAAGUAUGCUUUAGGUACUUAAGCCUGGAACCUAAAGUGGUGAUAGUUUUAUCCUACGAAGAAAUUUCCUGUAACCCUAGGCUUGUUGAGGGUGGAAAUAUUCUUUACGGAAAGUGAACGUUGUUCACGACUCUAUCAUAAUCCUAGUCACCCGGUCUCGGGCUAUCGUACGUGUACCCUCGUCCCUUAAAAGUCCCAACACUCUUCCACUUCCAUCCAUCUCGUUUCUCCAAAAGCCCGUUUGUUAAGUAGCCACUGAGUGAUUAGAAGCCGAACUACUGGAAUGUUGUAGCAAAGCAAAUAGAAUAUUCGUCACCAGAAGAUGGAAAAGCAGUAAAGCAACAAAAAUCAUGCUCAUACAUGGUUGUCAUGCCGGUGGCAUGCCACCUGGUUGAACCUGGUUCAACCUGUGCCGGUCAUGAAAUCGGCAUGACACCACCGGUAUGACCGGUAUGAUCGACUUGCGCAUUCUAAGUAAAAUGACAUCAUUUUAAUGAAUUUAAUGAAUAAAAAUUUUAAUUUAUUAUUGAUUUUAUGAAUGUAAUAGUUAAAAGUUGAUGAUAUUUGUUGGAUUGUAACUAAAUUGUCCACAAAUAUGUUUUAUAUAUGAUUAAAUACGUUAAAUAUUAAUUGUUUUCACAUUUUUUUAAACCGACAUGAACCGACACAAAGUGGUUAUACCAUCGGUCGUACCAUUCCACUUACCAAACAUGCACAAUGGUACAAGACAACCUUGCGCUCGUAUCAUAUGCGAAUCACAUGAAAUGGCUCCCGGCAGUCCCCAAGUCCCUCCCGGCCCAAGGUUUUUACUUUUACCGCGGUAUGGACCCGCCCAAAUUCCAGUGUGCUCCCCAAGAAAACCCGACCCAACCCUAUCUUUCCAACCGAAAGGAAAGAAGUUUCUCAGCUCGCUUUUCCUAUAUAAACUCCCGCUUCUCCUUCCUUUGACCAAAGCCUCAAUUGUAGCUCCACCUGUCGUUUCUUCAUCACACACACACACACACACACAGCACUAUUUGCGAUCUGUAAGUUCUCUUUCUUUUUUCAGCUUUUUACGAUCUGGGCAUUAGUUAAUUCCUCGACUUUAUGUUUCUGUGAUUGCUGAAUCCGCAGUGUUUUAAGAUAUGGCUGCCAAGAAGAGCGUUGGGUCUCUGAAGGAGGCUGAUUUGAAGGGGAAGAGAGUGUUCGUCAGGGUGGAUCUCAAUGUUCCUCUCGACGACAACCUCAAGAUCACUGAUGAUACCAGGGUUCGUGCCGCUGUUCCCACCAUCAAGUACUUGAUAGAUCAUGGCGCCAGAGUCAUCCUCUCCUCUCACUUGGGUCGCCCGAAGGGUGUUACUCCUAAGUACAGCUUGAAGCCUCUGGUGCCAAGACUGUCUGAACUGCUUGGAGUCGAGGUUAAGAUGGCUAAUGACUGUGUUGGUGAGGAGGUUGAGAAAUUGGUUGCCGAGACCCAAAAUGGAGGUGUGCUGCUCCUUGAGAAUGUGAGAUUCUACAAGGAGGAGGAGAAGAACGAUCCCGAGUUUGCUAAGAAGCUGGCUUCACUUGCUGAUGUCUAUGUCAAUGAUGCCUUCGGUACGGCCCAUAGGGCCCAUGCUUCCACCGAAGGAGUUGCCAAAUUCGUGAAGCCUGCCGUUGCUGGUUUCCUCAUGCAGAAGGAACUUGAUUAUCUUGAUGGAGCUGUUUCAAACCCCAAGAAGCCAUUUGCUGCAAUUGUUGGGGGGUCGAAGGUGUCAUCUAAGAUUGGCGUGAUUGAAUCUCUAUUGGAGAAGGUCGAUGUGCUGUUGCUGGGCGGAGGAAUGAUUUUUACAUUCUACAAGGCCCAAGGAAAGGCAGUUGGGUCAUCCCUUGUGGAGGUAGACAAGCUUGAGCUGGCUACUACACUCUUUGAGAAAGCAAAGUCCAAGGGAGUGUCCCUAUUGUUGCCUACUGAUGUAGUCAUUGCUGACAAAUUUGCUGCUGAUGCCAACAGCAAGGUGGUGCCAGCAUCCGAGAUCCCUGAUGGGUGGAUGGGUUUGGAUAUCGGGCCAGAUUCCAUCAAGACGUUCAGCGAGGCCUUGGAUACCACCAAGACCAUCAUCUGGAAUGGACCCAUGGGUGUGUUCGAGAUGGAUAAGUUUGCAGUGGGAACCGAGGCGAUUGCCAAGAAGUUGGCUGAGUUGAGUGGGAAGGGUGUGACAACGAUCAUUGGAGGAGGAGACUCCGUGGCUGCAGUGGAGAAAGUUGGGCUGGCUGACAAGAUGAGCCAUAUAUCCACUGGAGGAGGUGCAAGUUUGGAGCUUCUGGAGGGGAAGCCUCUCCCUGGAGUCCUUGCUCUUGACGAGGCAUGAAGCAGCUCUAAGCUGUAAGGGGUAUGUGGGAUGGACCUUUGAGGGGAAUGUUUGUUGUCUGCAAUUUUUGUGUCUUUUGGUGGAUUCUGCGUAGUCUAUGGAGAGGGUUGGUUUUAUAACCCCAUAGAGUGGAUGAACUCUUGAUGAUAUCCUUUUGUAGAGAGAUGAGAGCGAGGCUGUAGAGGGAUAUGAUGCUUUAAAUAAGCGGGCUUUCUUUCUUUGAAUGAAAUGGGAUGCAUCAUGAUGAUGCCUACUCCCAGUGUGUCCUUGAACUUCGUUUAUUUGGAGCUCCCAAUUUCAGUGAGCUUAGCAACACACUGGCCUUUAGAGUUUAGUUAAGCAAGUAACUAGAUAUCCCUUUUCAUCACUCAACUAGGGAUAAAUCAUAAAUGCUAAACAACCCUCAAACAAUUACUAAUGGACACUACGUACUAUACCACUCUCCACUCGUACGUAGUUCGUAACAUACCAUGCUAGCACUUUCGAUCAAGCUGUCGGUGUACUGACGCAGCGUGUACCUGGAUAAAAUCGAUAAACCAUUGAUCCCGCAAGAUAUCGGAAGAUCGAUCGUCACUAACCUAUUGAUUCAACGAAUAACUAGGUUAAUGGCAUCAAACACGAACUCCCACAAGGAACUCGGUUUGGGAAAAGAGUGGCGGUGCUCUGUAGUAAUAUUACUAGUGUGGGCCCCGGCCAGUUGGCCGGAGGAAGGUGAGGUAUGAAAUUUGAUAAUGUAAUGAAAUGUAUAACUUAUUGUUGUAUAGUUUUUUUGGGAAACACGUGAUAAAAAUAGUGAAUUUUAGUAGGAAAGAGACAUGAAUGAUGCAACGAAUCAAAAAUCGGCCUUAUGAACCAAAAUCAAGUACCUGUUACCUUGUGAAACAAUAUUGUUUCUGGUAAUAUGAUGAGGUGGAGUAAGUUUUAUGGAAACCGAAUUCCAGAAAAUCGAAUAAAAAAUCGCCUAUCCCGUCGGUUUUCGGGAAAUGAGCAUCUCACAAUCGUUGCUAGCUUUUACUCGGCCCGUUGGCCGAUUAAUUUGUUUUAUAAAACUUUCAUCUUGUCGUCAUUGUGCUUUCUGGUUUUUGUCAGACCAUGAUAAAAUCUAAGGAAUCAAGAACGAACAACACGAUUUGGGAUAGGAACCGCCGUUGUCGUGUCCCUAGAAAAUGGUGGUAAACACGGACUCACCUGCCAAAUUGGUUUGGAUUAAGAUUUUUAUCGGGUAUCAGGGAACCAUGUGAUUAUAAAUUAGACUUGAUCAAAACGGGCAAAAACUUGAAAUUCAGCCUGUUUGACCGACCCAUGCCAAAUUCUAAUUAUUCUUUACUUUUAAAAUUUCUAUUUGAAAAUAAAAAAAAGUGAAAUAAAAUAGAUGACUGCAAUUCGCCAUUUGCAAAUCACUUAUUCGGGAAUAAAACCAUAGAAAUUCAAAAAGAACUGAAAAUGUUUAGGAUCGUUUUAAUGUUUAAAAUAACCAAAUAGAUCUUUCUGUUUAGUUUUUUACUAACAAAUAUCAAACGAUUCCCUAUAAAAUACACUAUAAUGUGAUCAUUAUGAUAUCAAGUAAUUAUAUAAUAUAUAUUUGAAAUGAUAAAAAUUGGACUAAUUGGAUUGGUCGAGGUUGAACCAUUGAAUAACUUUAAAAUACAUUAUAUUUUAGCCACUAAGAUAUAAAAUAGUAACAUAAUAUAUAUUAUGCCAUAGAAAAUAGCUUGUUUUAUAAUUUCAAACCAAUGAUGUUCAUUUGUUUUAUUUGAUGGCCAAAUACCGUAUAGGUCAGGCUCAUUCAGCUCUUUUAUUUUAUGGUUAGCGGUUAGCCCAUUAGAUACCAUGCAUUAGUUUAUUGUUAAUUUUUUUAUUUUUAGCAAUAAAGAGAAGUAUUAUUU